CAAAUGAUGGCAUUUUUGAGGAAACCUCGGACGCUCGUAUGAUACGUCGGUGUCAGAUACACUAAUUUCGGUUAUAUAUAUUGAGUUUUAUACUUUUGUAAUAGGAUAUAUUUCCUUUUUUCGUUUUUUUUUCUAUUGUUAAUCAGAACGGGUAUCGUUUUACUGCUGUUCUUUGCGGGACUAUUGUAAGGUUAGCUACUUUCGGUCCAUCGCAGAUGUUCAAAAUGAGAUAUGUAAUUACAUCUCUCGCAACGUUGUUCAUCGUUAACAUUUUUAUGCAACAAGGAAAAUGUAAUUUUGCUUCCAAAAGACGGGCUUAUGCGAAGAUUCUCGGUUUUUCCUGGGAGAACUGCGGAAAAUCUGGCGACCCGAUCGUGACGAAGAUUCUUGAGGUGUCGCCCGACCCAAUAAGUGUUCCUGGGGACCUGAAUGCCACCGCUACAGCCUCUACGGCUGUGGAGCUUGCCGCUCCUCUUUCUCUCAAUGUGACCUUGGACAAGGAUGUGGCUGGAUUCUGGGUCAAGGUGCCAUGUGUGGAACAGCUUGGGAGCUGUGACUAUUCAGACGCCUGUGAGCUGCUGGACUCACUGAUCCCUCCUGGGCAGGACUGCCCCGAGCCUCUGCACACUUACGGGAUCCCCUGUCACUGUCCCUUCAAAGCGGGAGAGUACUCACUGCCUCCGUCUGAGUUCCACAUUCCUGACGUGGACUUGCCAUUUUGGCUAACCAAUGGGAAGUACAAAGUGGAGGGUAUAUUGGGUAACAAGGGGCAGGAGCUGGGCUGCCUCAAAGUGUCCUUUGCACUCCACUCAACGUAAAACCCAGAUGACACAGCCACAUCCAGGAGCAUUCUUCUGGGAUAUGACCUUUUAUAUUUCCUUGUUCCACUACUGGAAAGAAUUGACCAAAUAACAAUUACGAUAGUUGUUGAGUCAUUCAACAACUAAACAAUAGUUAACUAAACAUUGUUUUUAAUAUGAAGUACAUUAUCAGAUGACAAUGGCCUAGCAUAAAUUUGAGGUCAUUGUCAUCACCAUUUUGCAAAAAUGGUGCAUUUCCUUUUGCUUAAACUGUAGUUAGAUGUGUCUUAAGAACAAUCAUGUUUUUUUUUUCUUUUUUUUAACAAAGGGCAUAAUAAUGAUGAUGCAAAUGAAAAAUUGUGUUCACUUUAUUUUUUAGGGAAUGUGGUAUAUAUUCCUUUUAAUGUACUGUAGAAGCUGGUGUGUGAAACUUAAUGCAUACAAGGGGCAGAAAAGGGUAUUCUGAUGCGUUUCUGUUACAUUUUCCUUAAUUUUCUUGACUUGAAUGGGGGAAGGGAUAGUGGGUGGCAGUAAGGCAUUAGUUUUAUUUUGAAUAGCAGAUUCUAUAUGAAAUUGCACUUUUAAUCAUUUAUAACAUGUAUAUUAGUCUUGGAAAUUAGUCAUAAAGGCUGUAUGGUCAGGGGUUGCUCUAAAUAGUUUAAAAUAUGAAGCUACAAAUAUGAAAUGUCGCAUGUUGCCAUAUGUAUGAUUUUCUUCUCUGUUGCCAUGUUCUGCUGCAGAUGGAUGCUGCCUGACAGGGAUUGCUUAUAUUAUUUGAUGGAGGUGUAUUUCAGAAUGCUAAUAUUUAAUGAAUUAAUCUGAGAUUGUAGCCAUAUAUGUGCCUAAACCACUAUGUAGCUUCACUUUUCUGCAGUUUUUACUAACUGUGUUUGUACAGUAUCUGUUAAUCAUAUGUAACUUCCUGGAGAUUUGGAAUCUCCAUUUCUCACAGUAAUGAUCAUUUAAUUCAAGGAGCUGAAAUCUUUAACCUAUCAAAUGAGUUUUAUUUCUUUCUUCAUUGAAUGUUUAAUUUGAUGUCAUUUUUAUUUGUACUGCUCAUUUUGUACCAAUGUUUUAUCUUCUUAAUAAAUCACCAGAAGUAUUAAGUUAUCAUUGAUGGAAUCAGACAUGCCUUCCAGGAGACUUUACAGGUCUAGCAGACCAGGCUUGGUCUUCUAAUGCAGCACCCAGGCUAUAACACCAGUCAUGAAUUUGAAUUGUAGGAGUGAUUAAUAAUAUCAGAGACAGACGUUUUUAGAGGACUCUAGCUUUUGUUUCAUGAAUGACAUUGUAAAGAUAAAAACUCCAAAAGAUAAAAAAUAGCUACACUUGGACAACAUUAUAUCCUUUUCUGAGCAGAAAUUUGCCAGCUACGCAUUAGUGAGUAUCAACAUCAUCCUACCACAACCAUUUUGUCUGUCUGACAGGUUUGGCGCUGACUGAAUUGGCACAGUUUGCUAAUCCUGCCCUUGGCUUUACAACCACAGCGCCAGAAUUUCAGGGUUGAUUGUCACUAUUUUCUGUGUAAAAUGCAGCAUAAAAGCAGGAAGAGCUUUACCAGGUCCUGCAAGCUUGGUUCCAGUACAAAGCAGUUGGAGAAUGGGCUGUGAUUGGCCAGCUUGAUUGAGUUUGACUUUCUCAUAUACGUAGUUAACCGCAUCAGGCUUAAUGUAAUGAAAGUGUUGCCCUGUUUGUGUUAGUAUUCACUGGAAUCAGUUAUCUCGUUUUAGCAUUAGUGCUAUGUUACAAUACCUCCCUUGUUUUAGACUGCGCAGAGCCAUGGAUCAAAUGCCAGAUGAUAGUUUUGCCACUUUAGUUCAAGAAGCUUGUCAUAAGCCAAAGCACAUACAUUUAGUCAAAAGCUCUUACUGAAAUGCUGGCUUGCAACCAGACAGAACUGCUGCAGAAUAUGACCUUUGGGGCUUAUUUUUUGGGUCACUCCAGUAUUAUCUUUUCCCUGGAAAGUGUUCAAUGGACCAGAUAAUUGUGUUGGUGCAACAGGAGACUGAUCCAGGUUUAGGCAAUAUCAACAUUUAAUCACAUGGGGUCAGACAGCCUUAAGAGGGGUCUAUCACACACAAAGUCUAAAUAAGGUUUUCUUUGCAAAAAAAAAAAAAAUCAGUACAUGCAUAAGUUGACGUUCAAGUUACUUUUCCUAAUUUAAUAGAAAAAAACAGAUUCCUCAACAUUGUAGUGAACAUGGACAACUCAGGACAUGAUCUUAGUUCUGGUGACUUAUGCCUUUGACACUACCCCUUAUUUACUUAUGUACUAAUAUAGGAAACAUAUCUGUCUUUCAUUGUAGAAUAUUAAGGACGAUGUCCUACUCAAAGGUACAGCAGCAGUGACCUCCCCUAGGAUUUAGACAUUCACUUCCAGUUCAGUUGCUGUAUCUCUCAGAAAUUUGCCUGCUUUGGCCCAUAACCACUGCCCAGCCUGUUUUGGCCAUAGACACAUUUCAAAAUCUGCAGAUCUCUCAGCAGGGAAAGGAAUUUUCGGUUCUGCAUGUAAUUCCCCAGAAUGUCGGUAAAGGGUAGACACCCUGUGAUGUGGUGCUUGCUGUACAUCUCAUGCUUUAGUGGAAUUGAUGUUCUCAAGAAAACAUCACCUAAUGAACAACAGAGACAAGCCUUUUAAAUGUCACAUCUGCAUGUCAGCAGUAAUGUGAAGAUUUUGUUAUUUUUUAACUGGGCAGUGUUCUGUGCAUAUCUAUCAACAGAAGAGGGGAUGUUCAAACUAAAUGUGCAGUAUCGCCAAUUUUCUUAAUGAUGCUACAUUAAUAUUUCAGUGCUGGAUUUUAAUUAUCAGUAGCCAGGACUAAGUGUGUAUAUUUAUAGGAUAAGCUCAAUCAAUGUAUCAUCCACCAGACAUGUAUUGUGAAAAAAUCCAUUUUGAAAAAUUCUAGCUUUUCAUAGUGUUUGUCUGAUUUAUGACAAAGCUUGCACAUGUACUGUAUCAGGUGAUUUCUGUGACGGUGUUCUGUUGUGCAGAGCUUGUUACACUCCUGUAUCAGAUGACUUGCACAACCGUGUUGUAAAAUCGGUUUUAGGGUCUUGGCAGACUGAUAUUACAGGCCUGUUUCUGUAUAAUCUGUCACAUGAGCUAGACAAGAGAACACUGUGUUUUGUUUCUUGGGUAUUUUAGGAUUGCCACUGGUUUAUAGUCUUGGAUCCAGC